CCAGGACUAAACAAUAUGACACCUAACAGUAGGUGGACAUAACUGAAGGCAGCAGUGAUCUCAUAUAAAAAUAAUUUCUCCAUCAAUAAUAUUUUUCAAUACGGAUAAGCACCUAUCUACCUAACCCUAAGACUGGGCUUUUUAUUUUAUUUUAGCAGACAAAACAUCUUAUGUUAAAGUAUUCUAGACUGUGCUUCUCUACAGCAAACAAUUACCUGUUCAUGGAAACUUGAUAAUCUGAAGAGAACAAAAAACAAUUUUCAGGAUGUGGUUGGUACAUUCAUGUAGUUUUAAAAAGCAAGACAAUAUCAAAUAAUCCAAAGUAUUCAGAUUACGUUACUCACUUUAAGUACUUUAAUGGAUUACGUUACAAACUACAUUUUGGGGUAUGUAAUCUGUAAUCUGUAGGGAGAUACAUUUAAAAAAUAACUGAUUACCAACCACAACAAACAAGUGACGUCCCAGUUUUUUAUUUUGAAAAUCUGGUCACCCUACUCAUAACUAACAUGUGAGCCAGUAUAGUCACAUUUUCUUUCUGUUUUGGUCAUUUUUAAGCAGCUUUUCUGUAUUUACAGGGAUCAGAUUGGUCAAAAAUAGUGACACCUGGGACAUUUUCUUGUAUAAACCGGGACAAAUCACCGGUUUUGUGGUUUUGGAUAAAUCUGCUGGGACAGGUGACACAGGCCUCAAAACUGGGACUGUCCCGGGUACAUAGUGACAUCUGGUAACCCUAGUUUCCAUAGUCACUAGAAUCUUCCACUUUAUGGCAUUACAGCGCCUAAAAGCGGGACACGUGGUUUCUGCUUCCGCUAAAAACGCUCCCAGAGAAUAAAACACUUUAGGUCACUUAAAAUAGCACAUAUUGUUCCCACAUUCAUAUUACACUGACACCAUUUCACACGGUCUACAUGUAACGGGGCCUCCGCACUGUUUAUGUUUAUGUAAAACUUGGCGCAGUCGCAAUAGGGGUGCCAAAAAUAUUUAAAUCGAUAAAUUUCGCAAUAAAAGUUUAUAAAAUUACACCAAAACGAAAUUAAUCACAUUAGGAAACACGUACUGGUUAAUUUUGUGGAAAAUAAAUGAGCAAUUACAACAUAUUUGACGAUUUGCGAUUUUUUUUUUCGGAGUGGUACGGUCCGAAAGUGACGUAAUGUCGGAGGCAGUGCUCAGCUGUUUGUUGUUUUUGAGCUGCUCCUGUUGGCAUCGUCCCUCGUCUCUCUGUCUCUCUCUCUUUAAAAGCAGAAAUAACCACAUUACGACAAAAUAACGCCGUGAAACUACAACUUUAUCACUUUUACGAAGCGCUUGGUCGCGUUUAAAGUCAUCUCCACCGAGCGACAAAAGCGCAGGAAACAUGAAAUGGAUGUUCAAAGAGGAUCACUCCUUAGAACAUCGGUGCAUAGAAUCGGCCAAGAUCCGGAACAAAUACCCCGACCGAGUCCCAGUGAUCGUGGAGAAGGUGUGUGGCUCUCAGAUCGUUGACAUCGACAAGAGGAAGUACCUGGUCCCGUCUGACAUCACUGUGGCUCAGUUCAUGUGGAUCAUCAGGAAGAGGAUCCAGCUCCCGUCGGAAAAGGCCAUCUUCCUGUUCGUGGACAAGACAGUGCCCCAGUCCAGUAUCACGAUGGGGCAGCUCUACGAGAAGGAGAAGGACGAGGACGUUUUUAUACGUGGCGUACAGCGGAGAAAACACUUUUGGAUUUUAAACGACGACGACGACGACGACAACAACAAGACGCCAUUUUGUUUCUCCUCCCUCUUCCCCUCCACUUCUCCCUCCAUCCCUCCCUCCAUCCCACAAAGCCCCAACCAAAACCAGGCCUGGAUGGUUCCCCCCGAAGGCUUAAGACUGAGCGCGACUGCCCUGUUUGCACCGUUGUAGUUGUCUAUAGUCAGUUUGAUUGCGUUUGUGAGUUUUUGUGAAAAUAUAUACAGCGUUUUAGAAAGAUUUGUUUUUCACAGUUUUGAUUUUUCGCUUCAGUUGUGGUUUGAAAACGAUAUUUAAAGGGUUUUAAUUUAAAUACUUGAAGGUUGAGGUAGCUGGAUGACCUAACCAAUAAAAAUGAACAUUACACUGCC